AUGUUUGCUCUCAUGCAACGAUGCUGCUUCCACGCACCUUUCAAACUCCAGAAGUUAACUGGACCCAGACUACUCCUGUAUGGAAAGAAUAAGACAACUUGGUCUUCUCUCAGCCUCCAGCCGCAGAGAGGCACAUGGCCUCUCUCCAGAGCUCCAAGCUUCAAAGCAGCGUCAGUAUAUGCGAUCAAGCUCCAGGCUUUUCACACCUCUCCUCCCUUCUUUAAGAAGAAACCACCCAAAGAAUCUGACACAGGCCCAGGCAUCUUGGAACGAAGUAUGAAAUCGCUAAAGGAUUCUCCCAAGCCAGCCCUUUACUUGAGCCUCGCAGGGCUCACUCCCUUUGUCUGUGUGCCGCUGGCGAUGGCCGUCCAAGGGACCUACUACCCGGAGCUGGCAUUUGGCCAGAUUACAUACGGUGCCGUAACUGUCUCUUUCCUCGGAGGAAUGAGGUGGGGGUUUACUCUCCCGGAAGACAGCCCAGCCAAGCCAGACUGGCUGAACCUGGCUAACAGUACAGUUCCUCCUCUGCUUGCCUGGCAAGCCUUGCUUUUUAAAGAUAUCACUCACGGAGCAGUAAUGCUAGUCAUGGCCCUAGGGAUAGCGCUACAUUAUGAUGUUUCCCUUCUUCCUACUUAUCCUAGGUGGUUUAAAGUACUGAGGGUAAUGGGAACAGUGGUGAUGGUGUUGGCACUAUUAGCUACUGUAACACUGAAAAUGAUUUCAGAGGCGCAGCUAGGUAACGGGAGAAAUAAAUGGCAGAACAUGAAGUAA